CUUUGGUGUGAAGUGAAUAGUGUUGGGGUAGGAAAAGUGUUUGUUUUCGCUUUUCGGGAACAAAUAUCGUAGCGUGUCGGAGAAUUUUUUUCGUCUUCAGAUACGGCUCAAAAUAAGUAGCAGUACAUUGCAUUUAAGGCGAAGUGCAAGCUGUAAAAAUGACGGUGACGAAGCAAUACAGGCCCCGCUGUUUCUUCGAUAUAGAAGUUGGGGGGUUGCCCAUGGGCAGAAUUGUUUUCGAGUUAUUCUCUGAUACAUGCCCAAUAACAUGCGAGAACUUCAGAGCCCUUUGCACCGGAGAAAAAGGUGAAGGAAAAACUACCGGCAAACCUUUACAUUACAAGGGAAUUAUCUUUCACAGAGUAGUGAAAGAUUUCAUGAUUCAGGGAGGUGAUUUUACAGUAGGAAAUGGUACCGGUGGCGAAUCUAUCUAUGGAGGAACAUUUGCAGAUGAAAAUUUCGAGCUGAAACAUGAUAAGCCGUUCUUGCUGUCCAUGGCAAACAGGGGUAAAGAUACAAAUGGGUCUCAGUUUUUCAUUACGACACAACCGGCGCCUCAUCUCGACGGAGUACACGUGGUCUUUGGCCACGUGCUAUCUGGCCAGCACGUCGUCUCUCACAUCGAGGGCCUGCCGGUCGACCGCAUGUGCCGCCCCCUGCAGGACGCACGCGUCACAAACUGUGGAGAGCUUGUUUUGAAGAUCAGAGGCAAAGAGAAGAAGAAAAGGAAAAAGGUGUCAAGUAGUUCUGCUGAAACAGGUAGUGAUUCUGAUGCAGAUAAGAAGAAAAAGAAGAAGAAAAGAAAGAAGCAAAAGAAAGAGAAAAGGAAGAGCCACAGUUCCAGUUCGGAGGACAGCGACGCCAGCGCAGAGAAAGAUGACGUCUCCAGCCCGGAGGGGCAGCCGCACCCUCUGGUCACACUCACGAAGAUCGAUCCCGACGAGAUACCGGACGUGCCACGCAACAAGUUUUUGUUUCGUGGUGGCAACGUGGCCGCCGACAAGGACAAGAAGGACAAAGAGAAGGACAAGGAUAGAGACCGCGACCGUGAGAGACGGCGACGGAAGGCGCGCAUACGUGGUAUUACCAAGAGUGGCCGUCUCAUCAAAGGCCGUGGAGUAUUUCGUUACAGGACACCAUCUAGAAGCAGAUCAAGGAGUGUGACUCCACCACACUGGAAACAAGCCCAGAACAGAAUUAUUAAGUACAGUGAGUACGAGAAAAUGGAGCAAGAACGUAAGAAGCGCGAGGAAGAGAUCAAGCGACGUGAGGAAGAGAGGCGUAAGAGGCACAUGGAGCGAGAGCAGAAAAUCAUGGAGGAGGAAGAGGAAGCAGGGGCUAGGAAGGUCCCAUCGGCAGCAGCCUUCAGGCGAGAAGACAGAAAAGGGACUGCUUCAGAUGAAGAAAGCCACACGCCUCCCCUGUCACAGCGGCGACGGCGGGAUCCUCCGUCGGAGCCGGAAGAAGGAGAGGUUGUAGCGGACGACGAGGGCCCGACGGCCCCGGAUGAGGCUAACAGUGAGGUCCGCAACGGCACGUCACCGUCUCGGCAGACGGGCAGCAGGGAAAUGCGUACUGCUGGGCCUGUCGACUACAAUGCCCUGGACUACGACGAGGGUGCAGGUUCUGAAGAGGAAGGCCAGAAGCGGCUCUCUUCUGUUGCGAGUAGCGUGAAGACUUCCGAGAAACCAAAGGAGUCUGCAGAAAGUGAUAUCAUCAAGACAAAGGCUGAAAGGAAAACGGAAAAGGGGUCUCUUUCUGAAACAAAAGGUGUGAGUAAAAGUUUGCCUACACAGGAUAAUUUGAAACGAUCUUCAAAAGUCCCACAGGAUACGGAAUCGAAGAAAACGAAAGAGAGUAGUAGAGACCGUGAAGAUUCCCACAACAGGUCAGUUCCUGCGCACGUGGAACGUCAUCAUAAGAGCCAGAGAGAAAAGGAAAAAGACAGAGACAGGGAAAAGGAGAAGAAGGACAAGGAGGGUGGUAAAGACAGAAUAAAGCAGAGAGAGAAGGAGAAAGAAAGAGAACGUGAAGACAGAGAGAAGUCGAGAGAGAAGCACAGGGAAAAGGACGAAGAAAAGAGGAGGAGAGAGAGAGAGAAGGGGGAGAAAGAGCGAGAGAGGAAGUCGAGGCGGUCCCGGUCGAGGUCUCACCACCGUCGCGGGGGAUCUCCGCAGUCGAGGAGGAGAGAUAGUGACCGCAGUAGACACGGCCACGAGAGGGACAGGGAAAAGAAAGAGAAGGACAGAGAGAGGGAGAAAGAUAAGGUGAAGGAGAGGAGGCCAGAAAAGCAGAUAAAGGAAGAGAAGCAGAUAAAGGAAGAAAAACAGAUAAAGGAAGAAAAGCCGCAGGUUGCGAAGGACGCCGGAACAAAUUCGGAGGGCGGAAACCGGGACAGGGGCAAGCGGUCGGAGCGGGAGCUGUCGAAGGAGGAGGUGCGUCCCGUGGUGGUGACACCGACCCUGGCAAAGGCGUCCACGGCCGAGAAGGGUCCGGCGAAAGCUGGACGGGGAAGCGCGGCUGCCAGGAGCCGCAAGCGCUCGAGCAGUUCCAGCAGCAGUAGCUCCAGCAGCAGCUCCAGCAGCUCGAGCAGCAGUGGCAGCAGCAGCUCAUCAUCAUCGUCCGGUCCAUCUUCUUCGGGCUCGGACUCCAAGCGGGCUGCACGGGCCUCCCGCAAGAAGUAGUGUGGCACCCGUGUGAGUUUGCCGUCAGAUGACUGUAUCUGAAUGUGUGGGACAGUUUUUCAGUUUGUCAUUUUUCUUUUUUUACCACUAAUGUUUACGGUGGCAUUCUAUUUACACGAGACAGCGACUGGACUAGAGCUCGACGGCACCUAUGGAAAAAAAUGUUGGCUCUGAGGAAAGUGUCCACUUAGAGGUACAUUUCUUAUAUGAAUCUUAGGUAAGAGAGGAAAGACGAGAUACUUAACAUGUUGAGAAAAAAUUGUGCUCUGCGAACACCUGACACUAUCGUCUGGGAUGUGCUUCCCCUUUAAUAGAGUUGCCUAUUUCCGUAGCAUCGUACGAGAUUCGAUUCCAAGUGUCUCUCUUGAAAAUGGUAAAAAAAUGGGAGUCCGUAGAAAGUUUGACAAAACAUGAUGUACCAUGUGAACUGUUCAGCAUUGCAGUAUGUAUUUCAGCUGACUGCUUGAUAAGUAUUGCAAAGCAACUAAGCAGAUGUUUGUUUCUACAGACCAAUUUACAAGUUUCAGCUAGACGUAGCUUUAAAUUUGACACUUUCCAGAGGCAUUUUAGAUAUACUUCUAGCUAAAUAUUGAGGAUGUGACUAGAUUUGAAAACUUUUGAGGCUAACGUACCACAUGGAAAAAGGAGGGGUUUGACUCCGUGUAUGCGUUUCAUUUGUAAACGCCAUUUCAGUACACUGCUUGACACGAUCGAGCUCUCGAAAAGAUUUUAAUCGAAUGUAUUGGUUCUUAAUCUUGUAAACCUAAAACCAUCCAGUCAUUUACCUCCAUGCUGCGCUAAAUAUUUAGCGGUAUGCGGCACUAGUGUACUUUCUGGCUUAGAGUAUAUCUCCCAUUACUUUUUCUAUUGAGUCAAAUACCGGGUGUUGCACAUUUUUAGUGAGACUAUGAUCUUACUCAUUUCAAGAGAUGACAUAGCAUUAUGAUGAGAAUCUGAGGUACAAAUUCCUAAGUACCCCAUGUUUCAUUUCAUUCCUGUAACUUAGUUCACAAGUGACAUCUAACACUCUGAAAGUUCUCCAUAGUAUCAAGUGGAUUUUAUUUUUUUGGGUUUUGAUAUGUACAUCCAACACAGUGCAAAAAUAUCCACAAGCAGUUAUCUGGUAAGAGUGUGUAGUGUAAGAUCUGAAAGAAAGGGGAUGUUUGUUUGAUUUAUGUAUUCACACUGUACUCUUGUUGCUAGCAUUCUUCCAAGCGUCAUUCAUAAAUAAACCAGAGAGUGCAGAUUCACUAUCUUGUUAUGACAAGGUGACAGUUUAUAACAAUCAUUAGCUCUAAAGACUGUUGUGUACUGUUGUUUUGUAUUAUGGCUAUAGUUUGGAAGCAACAGUGUGUAUAACAAGAACACAGUUUAAAGUGUCGUGAUUGGAAUAUGUGCACAUAAUUGUAGAAAUCUUGGAAUUCCGUCUCAUAGUUUGCAAACAAUUUGAAGUGCUCUUAGAAUUCUUAAACUAGCUAGUAAUUUGUGAAACAGAGACUAAGUUUUUCAAUAGUUUUACACUUGUCUGAUUUGCCCUAAAUAUUUCUGUUGAGUGAAACAUUUGUUAAUGUGCAAUAUGUUGUCUUAAUAAACUGAAGCUCCCAAAUUGUUGUGUUGUUGUCAGAAGUACAUCUUAUUUUGCUUGCCAGAUAUGUAGUCGAUUGUGUU